GGCUCGAAUCCCAAUUCCCCCCCUUUUCUCCUCAUUAUUUUAUUUCCUCUUCUGACUUUCACCCUUUCUGUUGCUCACUCCAAAAUCCCAACCAAUCUUUUAUUCCCUUUUUAAUAUUCCUCCUCCUCCUCCUCUGGACGUGCGUACAGCAAAACCCACGUCGCCUUCUGCGCUGCUUCUCUUCUUUCUUCAUCAUCUUCCGGGUUUCAAUCGGAUUGCUGCUCUUAUUCUGGUCUUACAGAUGCGCCUGUUUCUGGGUAUUGUAGGGUUUUUGUUUGUUCUUAUUUGUUUCGUAACAGCGCCCUGCUCUGUUUUCGUUUUUGUGCCUCUGAUUUUGCGAUUAGUUUGACUUUUCUAAGAUUUGGGUUUCUGGGUCGAUUUCAUAAUCCAUUUUCUUAUCUGGGUCGUGAUUUGUUUGGAUUAUCAUUGGUGUUUUGGUCUGGUUCUCCUGUAAGUGGUCGGUUAUAUGAAUGUUUCAUUGAAUCUGCUGCUUGUUACAGAGUCUACUGUUUCAUUGAUUUGAAAUCCAAGAGUUGUCCAUCCUUAUUAUCUUCAAACAUUUCUCUGUCUUGUUGAUUGUGUUCAUCAGAUGAAGAACCAUAGGUUUGUUUGUUGAGUUUUGGGCGAAGUUGAGUUCAUUGUGUAGUUUUUCAGCAAUUUUCUGUUCGUUUGAUCAUUUUCUUGUUUGAUUUAAGGCUGUUGAAUGGAGUUGCAAAAGCUCUCAAGUAGAUGAGAGUUUAUGAAAAGAUUCUGCAAUGGGGCAUGUGAACUUAGAGAAGAAAUGGCUAUUUCCUCUUGUGAUAAGCUCUCUAAUAUGCAUAUUCCUCCUUGCUACUACCUUCAACAUGGGUCUAAUCUCUUCUAUCCAUACAUUCAAUUCAAUCUUCUUAAUGCUUCCAUCUCCAUUGCCCACAAACCAAACUAACCCAACGUUAUUUGCCGAGACGAAAGUUGCAAAAUCGCCACCGACGAACCCUGCAUCUAUGAUUCCACGAUUCGGUUACCUGAUUUCGGGGUCGAAAGGCGACUUAGAGAAGCUAUGGAGAACUCUUAAAGCACUUUACCAUCCAUUGAAUCAAUACGUUGUUCAUUUGGACUUGGAGUCACCUCUAGAGGAGAGGUUGGAGCUUGCUUCAAGAGUAGCAAAUGAGUCGAUUUUUGUUGAGAUUGGGAAUGUUUUCAUGAUCACCAAAGCAAAUAUGGUUACUUACAGAGGUCCAACAAUGGUGGCUAAUACCCUCCAUGCUUGUGCUGUUCUUCUUAAGAGGAGCAAUGAUUGGGACUGGUUUAUUAACCUCAGUGCCUCAGACUACCCUCUCAUCACUCAAGACGAUCUUCUUCACACUUUCUCACCUCUAGAUAGAAAUUUGAACUUCAUUGAACACACAAGCAAGUUAGGAUGGAAAGCGAGUAAGCGAGCAAUGCCAUUGAUGAUAGAUCCUGGAUUAUACAAAACAACCAAAUCAGAUGUUUUUUGGGUCAACCCACAACGACCUCUCCCCACAUCAUUCAAGUUGUUCACUGGAUCGGCAUGGAUGGUUCUAUCUCGUUCGUUUGUCGAGUAUCUCAUCUGGGGUUGGGACAACCUUCCUAGAACACUUCUCAUGUAUUACUCAAACUUUGUUUCCUCCCCAGAAGGCUACUUUCACACUGUGAUCUGCAACGAGCCUGAGUUUGCCAAAACUGUAGUUAACCAUGACUUACAUUACAUCUCUUGGGAUGUGCCACCACGACAGCAUCCUCAUGCCCUCACCAUUAACGACACCGAAACAAUGAUAGCCAGCGGCGCUGCCUUUGCUCGAAAGUUUCAGCGAGACAGCCCUGUGCUGGACGAGAUUGAUCAAGAGCUACUGAGACGUGAUGACAAAGGGAGUUUUACCCCUGGUGGGUGGUGUUCUGGUAAGCCUAAAUGCUCAAAAGUCGGAAACCCGUUUAAGAUCAAGCCAGGGCCAGGAGCUAAGAGGCUUACCCGCCUCGUAAAAAAGCUAACUUCGGCUGCUAAAGUAGGUGAAGGUCAGUGUAAAUAGUCUUAGCUAGAAGAAAUAUUGAUAGUGCAAAGAUAAAAAGUUCCCAUGCCAUUGUGAUUCUCUAAUCAUAGUUGUUGUUAUCGUUCGAUAACAUUCAUGUUGCCGUUCUUCGUUCUUGUUUCUCGGUCUGUUUCUUCUUCAUUUUUCUAAAUGAGAAACAACACAUGUUUGAUAAUGAUUAUAAUCACCUUUCUGUGUAAA